AUGAGGAGAAGCAGCUGUACAGUUAGGGGACUUGGAUACUCGCAAGAAGCUUACAAUGCUGCAAGGGCUAGAUUGGAGAGAAAGUAUGGUGGUAGUUGGAGACAGGUCCAGAGUCAUUUAGAAGAAUUUAAAAAGUUGAAACCAUUACAAAAGGAAAAUGCCAAAGCAUUGGAAAUCUUUGCAGAUGUUUUAGAGUGGGCUGUCAUCUGCCUCAAAGAGAAUGGUAGACAAGCAGAUCUUGAAGCAGGAACAUUAUACACCAUUGUUCUUGAGAAGAUCCCGGAGAAAUUACUCUCCCAAAACUACAGAUGGCUAAGAGAGAAACAAAACGAAGAAUCCAUGGAGACAUUAAAGGAUUGGUUUUCCCAAGAAGCUGAGUACCAAAUUCCGGCCUCAGAAAUGAAGCAUGGGUUUCGGAAGAUUCAAGCAGAAACAGUCAAUGGAAAUGGUUCCGGUCAAGGCGGACGGACCUUCUAUGGAAAAUCAGUUGGAGGUGCCAAGUUUGCACAGAGAUCCACCCUAUUUAGAAGUGUACAAAAUAUCGAGAUUAGUUAAUAGAAGACAAGUGGAAAAUAAGUUAGGUUUGUGCUACCAUUGCCUUGGUGACAAUCACCUAGGAAAUGCCUGCAAAAGAAACAGACAAUGUGAUAUAGACGGUUGCAAUGAGACUCACUACUAUUUGCUUCAUAGGCCAAGGGAUUCCUCUAAGGCACCCAGUAAGGAGAAAGAGGACAAUAUGAAGGUUGAAUCAGGAUCUACUACGGAGGGGGAUGACCAAUGAAAGACAUAUGGAGCAACUCGAGGACAGGAAACAGAAUAUGUUGCUUUGCAAACAGUCCCGGUCAUUGUAAAGAAUGGAAACAAGAGGAUUCCUGUAAACUGUCUUUUGGACGAAGGCAGUGAUAUGAGCUAUAUUAAUGAAGAUGUUAUUGAGGCUUUGGGGUUGCAUGGAGCCAAAACUGAGAUUAAUGGGAAAGUGGCUAAUGAUGAAACAGUCACUUUUAUGUCAUCAACAUUUGAUGUCGGGUUGCAAAGUACUGAUGGUCAUGUGGACACCACAAUAACAGUGCAGUCGUCAAAGAAAAUUUGUGGUAUGAAACCAGUCAAUUGGAUAGAGAUUUACAGACAAUUUACUUUUCAAAACUAGUAACUGGACUACAAGUGGAUAUUCUCUUAGGAGCCGAUCAUCACGAACUGAUGUGUUCAAUGAAAGAAGUAGUUGGAGAGCAUGGUCAACCGUCAGCAAGGCCCUGUCUACUCAGGUGGACAGCUGUUGGAAAAGUGAAUGGUACUGAAUCGAAUGGGUCCCAUCAUACUGGCUUUCAUCACACAUAUUUUUUGAAUCAAAACAAGCCAUCGAUUUCAUGUUCAUCAAACAGAUAG